AUGGCUAUGGAGUUUCUGAUGAAUUGGCUCAAAGCCUUGCUCGUGUUGCUCUUCGGCAUAUUCAGAAAGGCGAUAUCCUGCUUUCUACGCCGAAGAAGAUCGUCCUAUAACUCCGUACCUCCUCUGUCCAACAUCAGUGUGAUUCCCACCAUCCUAAGUAACUCAAAGACCCUAGAAGAUUGGGACAAUUGGGAGGACAAUCCAACCGUUGUGGUACUUGACAAACAAGUUAAUAUAUUACAAACAAAUAUUGACCAAUUUCGACAUCAACCAAACAUGACUGAGACCAUUCCUGAGAUCACUUCUGAGAUCAAUCCUGAGACCUUUCCUGAGACACCCACUGAGGAGCAGUUCAACUUUUUUGAGGACAUGACUCCAAAAAUCACUAGACAAACAAAGCUCUUAAUAAAGAAUAAACCUAUGGAUGGCUUGUCUCGUAACACUGUAAAGUUCAUAGCCAUGGAUCCUGUCCCAACUAAUGAAUUAGGAGAAUGGGAAGAGAAUGCCACUGGCUGGGAAGUGGACACACUAGAGGAAUUCGGCGACCCUACCAAAGCGUUGCGAGAGCAAAAAAGAAAGGAGAGGGAACAACGACUGAUUGAACAGCAGCAGAAAAGGAUGGACCGUAUGACGAAACUGUCGGUGUUAGGCACAAAAGUGUGUUCUUGAUGCGAAAUCACAAAUACCAAAAUACAUAAUAACGUACAAUCUAAUGGCAUGCAUACUGAAGAUCCUUCAUCUAGAAAUUAGCUCGCUCGUGUUGAUUGUAUCAUCAGUAUGUUUAUUUUUAAACAGAGAGGUAAUGUUCCGUCACGUGCACCUCGCUGGUACGCGUUUGCGAGCGCUCGUGAAGAUCUCUAUAUUCGAGCACUCAUGUGUCGGCUUCCUUCCCGAAGGGAAACUAUAUAUCGAUAUGUCUGUUCUCAUUGAAAUGGUAGAGCAUUUGUAAACAUUCCAUGUGAAUUUUGUACAGUAUCGAGUAUAAUAUGUUUUAUCUUUUAAAAAAAAAAAGGAUAACUGUUUUGCAAGUUUAUAAUAACCACAUCCAUGGAUGUCGUAAUCUUCGUACUAGCGAAUUUUUUUUUUACCAGAAGAUGGUCCUAUAAAAAAGAAAAAAAAUAUUGAUAUAUUUUAAUUUAUUAGACUUUUCUCAGAUUCUGUUAUCUAUGCGGUUUUGUUAUCUAUGUAGUUAGAAUAACGCAUGUGAUCAUGGAUUUUUAACUAUUUCGUAAUAAAGAGUGUAAUUAUGUCUUCAUUUGAA